UGCGCAAGCCCGGAAGCCGCGUGUGGAUUCCCUUGAUUUCUCGUCCGAGGCUACGGAAACGGUUCACGCGCCGCAGACGCGCCUCCUUAUUUCUUCGCAGCCGCACGCGACCAUGUCAGUUUCCCCCGUGAAAAAGCAGAAGAUGGAGUCGGCGCUGGAGCAGCUCAAGCAACACACCACCGUGGUGGCCGAUACGGGAGAUUUCCACGCUAUCGAAGAAUACAAGCCUCUAGAUGCUACUACCAACCCAUCCCUGAUACUGGCUGCAGCUCAGAUGCCAGCCUAUCAGCAAUUGGUAGAAGAUGCUAUUGCGUAUGGAAAGAAACUUGGUGGGUCAGAAAAGGAACAAGUUACAAAUGCUUGCGAUAAGCUUUUUGUACUGUUUGGGGCAGAAAUACUGAAGAGGAUACCUGGCCGUGUGUCCACAGAAGUAGAUGCAAGGUUGUCUUUUGAUAAAGAAGGCAUGGUUAAGAGAGCCAGACAAUUCAUAGAUCUUUAUAAAGAAAUAGGAAUUAGCAAAGAUCGCAUCCUCAUCAAGCUGUCAUCAACAUGGGAGGGCAUCCAAGCUGGCAAGAUCCUUGAAGAGCAACAUGGGAUUCAUUGUAAUAUGACCCUGCUCUUUUCCUUUGCUCAGGCAGUUGCUUGUGCAGAAGCAGGGGUCACCCUAAUUUCUCCUUUUGUUGGGCGCAUUCUGGAUUGGUAUGUUGCAAAUACGGACAAAAAAACCUAUGAGCCAUCAGAGGACCCAGGGGUAAAGAGUGUCACUAAAAUCUACCAUUAUUACAAAAAGUUUGGCUAUAAAACUAUUGUAAUGGGAGCUUCUUUUCGGAACACUGGACAAAUCAAAGCACUGACUGGCUGUGACUUUCUCACCAUUUCCCCAAAACUUCUGGGAGAACUCAGUAAAGAUAACAGCAAACUGACACCAAAGCUGAGCAUCAAAGAUGCCCAGGCAUCUGACUUGGAGAAGGUGCAUCUGGAUGAAAAGACAUUCCGUUGGCUUCAUAAUGAAGACCAAAUGGCUGUGGAGAAACUGUCGGAUGGAAUCAGAAAGUUUGCUGCUGAUGCAGUUAAACUGGAAGUCAUGAUAAAGGAACGGAUGUUUGGUACUGCAAAUGGAGAAUAGACAUGGCAAAUUUUAUGGAUGCUAUAUAGAUGUAAAGAUUUACAUGCUGCAUACGAAAAGAUUUUCUGUAAUCACAGAUUUCUAUAUGAAUCUGCAGAGAAAAAGAUUCUUCAGGUCUGCUGUGCUUUUAUAUAUCAGGAUUGUAAUAUUACAAUUCUGAGUUACCAAUAUUUUUAUUCUUCACUAUAUUGCAGGUGCAUAAACGACCAAUUGCCUUGUUUUUUUUCUUCAAGGUACUACUAUUACUAAUAAUGAUAAAACAUUGAUGUCUGAGUGCAUUCCAAAAGAAUAAAAUGUACUACAUUUUAUAGA